AUGAAUAAACGUCCAUGCCACGUUUGCAAUAGUACGGGACAUCUUUGCCGGGAAUUACCAAGGUAUCCUGACGAGGUGACAACCACUGAAUUCAGUGAUAAUUCACUGGACAGUGCCGAGACGGAAACGGCAGCACCGCAAGAAGAGUCAAUAGGUAUAGAAAACACAGAUUUCGUUUUAUAUGUAAGUGCCGUCGAAACUGAGAGGUGCAGGCGUGGCCUGACCGUCGCCUACGCAUCGCAUUGUCAACAGGAAUCAGCGCUGGACAGACCAGUAGCUGGUCACGCCAAUUUCUGCCCCGGCGAGCUAUCAACCCGCUACAGGGACUUACCACACGUGCUGUCAACUGUCAAACACGAAAUGCUACACGCGCUGGGAUUUAGCGUGUCCCUCUUCGGGUUUUAUAGAGAUGAAAAUGGCGAUCCGCUCACACCAAGACGUGUAGACACAGGAAAUCCGCCAUUAGAUGAGCAGCUCCAAAUCCAUAAAUGGUCAGACCGUGUAGUUAAGAACAUUACCAGGCCAAGAUGGAUGAUCAGAGGUGGCUAUAUGGAGAGGACCCUGCAUAUGAUUGUUACUCCUAGAGUUGUUAAAGAGGUCCGUGAACACUUCAACUGCUCAAUACUAGAGGGCGCUGAAUUAGAAGAUCAAGGUGGAGACGGAACUGCGCUCACACAUUGGGAGAAAAGAGUUUUUGAGAACGAAGCCAUGACCGGUACGCACACUCAAAACAGUGUGUUCAGUAGAAUCACAUUCGCCAUGAUGGAAGAUACAGGCUGGUACAGGGCGGACUACUCCCUCUCUUCCCCCCUCCAUUGGGGAAAGAACUUGGGUUGUGGCUUCGCAACGACUUCCUGCAAACAGUGGCUCAAUACGCAAAGGUUAAGGCGGAAAAACCCGGCGCCAUUUUGUGAGCGAAUCAAAGGCGAACCGUUGCGAACGGAAUGCUCGCCGCGUCGUAAUGCUGUGGUACUCUGCAAUUUAGUCAGACACGACAACAUACUUCCCAGACAGUACCAGCACUUCGAUACUUUACCAAAUGUGCCAUCGGGUGACGAAUCCCACUACGGAGGUUCUGUAUCAUUGGCAGACUACUGCCCAUAUCUCCAGGAGUUCACGUGGAAACACAAGAGCGUACUACUACGAGGCAGCCGAUGUUCCUAUGAGGAGAAUACACCUAAGACUGAUGUAAAUUUCGCGUUAGAAAACUACGGAACACACUCCAAGUGUUUCGACCAUAGCGAUCGGGUGUGGGAGCAGAAAUCUUGUAGACAGAUUAGAGAAUGGCAACACUGGGGAUCCGGUUGCUAUAAAUAUAAGUGUGACAGUGGUCGACUGCAUAUUAUAGUUGGCAACUACACGUAUACCUGUUACUUUGCGGGACAAGUGUUGCAAGUGCGAAUAAUACAAAAAGGCUGGCUUCACAAAGGCGGCGUCGUUUGUCCGCCUUGCAGAGAAAUGUGUGGAGAUGAGUUUGCUUCACGCAAUGAAUAUUGCAAGGGAGGCGAAGAGGCGCCACCGCCGAAUCUAUACCCCAACGAUGUUCUCGCUUGCAACGCGCCCAAAAUUUACAGCGACCUCAUCAUUCUAUUAUCGACGUUUUGGAGUAUAUUUCACUAG